AAUCAGUUUGGUCUGGUGAAGGAGGGCAAGAUGAGUGGCGGAGCUGUCGAGAUCUGAGCAAAAUCAGGGACGAUUUGUUAUGCUUUGUCGCUUCUGUUUGAUCCGGUGAAGGAGAGGAAGAUGAGUGGCGGAGCUGCCGAGAUCUGGGCAAAAUCAGGGACGAUUUGUUAUGCUUUGUUGCUUCUGUUUGGUCCGGUGAAGGAGAGGAAGAUGAGUAGUGGGGCUGUGAGCUUUAUUAGGAGCUGUCAACGGAAGUGGAGCAAUGGUGAGCUGCCGACGAAGGUGCAGGGAAAUCGGGUUGCUUAGUUGCUUCUGUUCAGCGGUGAAGAUGACUAGAUGAGGCGGUGACUGGUGGUGAGAUCUUGACGGAAGUGGUGCAGAGAUCAGGUUGCUUUGUCGGAGGUGAUGAGGCGGUGAUUGGUGUGGUGAGAUGCCGAUGGAGUCAUGGCACGGAGAUGGAGCAGGGAUGAGGGAGAGGGAUGGCCGGUGGAUGAUGUGUUUCUUCUACUUUCUAAUUCUAUUUUUUCCAUGUGUUUUUACAAAAUGUUACUUUUG